AUGUCGAGCACUAACCCCAACAUUCUCCCAACAGUCACAUAUUCCGACAAGGAUAUAGAGGCUGCCAUCAAAAUUUUCAAAGCGAAGAAAAUUCCCGUGUACGAACCCGGGGAAGAAGACUACGAACGUUAUAUUGCGACGUCCAAUCUCAUUUAUCGCUUCUCAACCCCUCCUUGCGUUGUUCAACCCAAGUGUGCUUGUGAUGUUCGGGAUGUCAUUAGGAUCGCAAAACCAAGGAAGAUCCCCGUCACCAUCAAGAAUGGUGGCCACUCUUAUGCAGGAGGUUCCACUACCAACAUCGGGAUCUUAAUGGAACUUGGGCUGAUGAACGACGUGAUCCUCGACAUGACGCCCGGGGCGGAAACUGCGACUGUGAAAGGCGGUGCAUUGUGGUUCAAUGUGUACAAAAAAUUGACUAGCAAGCGUGUUGAUGGAAAGCACCUUGAUGGCUGGGUCGUCAACGGUGGACGCUGUCCUACGGUAGGUGUGAGUGGCUUCAUGUUGGGAGGCGGCCUCUCUCCAUUCACCAGAAGUUUCGGGAUGGGCUGCGACACCGUGAAAGAGUUUACCAUCGUUACAGCGACGGGAGAUGAGGUGACUGUUUCGGAGCACACCGGAAACAAAGAUAAGGAUAACCUCUUCUGGGCCCUUCGCGGCGCUGGCGGGGGGAACUUUGGCGUGGUUGUGGAGAUGAAGUUGGCUAUGAAACGGCUGAAGAGUGAGCUUGUCGUUGCGGGGCGAUACACCUGGUAUCCGGAGACUGAUGACGUGACUAUGGCCGGAUUCAUGACCACAAUGAACAGCUUCUAUACCAGGAACUGGCCGAACGAAAUGACCAUUGACAGCUCCUGGCUAUGUGAUCUCAAGGAGACUAAGAGAGAACUUGGAGUUCGGUUCCUGGUCUAUUACAACGGCGGCCGGGCAGCCUUUAAUCAAGCAAUCGAUGACUGGACUCUAUCGGACGCUCCAAGCGAACAUGGAAAGCUAAAGGCGCAACUCAAAACGCGAUCGUUGCAGGAGCCAUCUUCACGUUUUCUUCACGAGACUCUCGCGGCACAGUGGGUCGAGGAGACCAAAAAGGCCCUGCCCACUACCAGGGUAUAUCAGAUUUAUACUUCGUUCGUAUUUCAGAACCAUAACAAGAAGAUCAGAGAGAUCACUCGCGUUAUUAGAGGGGAGAUGGCAAGCUUCAGAAAGCAAUUCGCAAAUGAAACGGGCUUGAUGCAAGUCACCUUCAUUCAUUCCGGCGGAGAGGCAAACUCAAAGAAACGUGAGGAUACGGCUUACCGCUGGCGUGGGUCCGUUUAUCACACCUACAUAAUGCUCCAGUGGGAUGAGAAAUGGCUGGAGGAGCCCAUGAGGCGUUUUCUGGGCGAAAUGAAGCCAAAACUGAGUGAUUUUGGCAUGGUCAAAUGGGCCACCUUCAUCAACUUCCCUGACGAUACCCUGAAGCCAGAGGUCCAUGAACAGGCAUACUACGGGAGAAAUCGCCAGAAACUGCGGUCUGUCAAGCAACGAUGGGACCCUGAUAACUUUUUCCAGUGGUCGCAGGGCAUUCAGCUGAAUGGGGAGGCAAAAGAGAAAAGCCUAGCAAAAAGCCUAGCGAAGGCUCCAUCCACCGACCAAGAAACACACAGUGACCUCAGCCAUGACCAGGUCCUCACAAAAGAGGAGGCGUUGACCGAUCUGAUAGCAUUACACCAGUGGAGGUCCUAUCGCCCUCAGGCCGAGACCGACUACUACGGGCGCGAAGCUUUACCGGCCUUGGUCUACUGA